AUGGAGAUCUUUGAAGUAUUCCAGCCCCUGCCGGACCUUGUCGUUCAACUGCCUCAUCGAUUCCACCAGCUCUCUUGGCCAGAACUAUCCAUCUUUAGUUUUAUUCGGCCAUUGAUUGCUUGCGUGGCAAUCUAUCUGGCUCUGGUCUUGAAGUCGUCAUCAACUGCCAACUUUCCCGGUCCUCGGCCAUGGCCUAUUGUCGGCAAUCUGCCCUCACUGUAUCGUUGCCAUGCUGAGAAGCAGUUCCUUCUCUGGUCCAAGCAGCUUGGCGAUGUGAUUCAGGUUAAAUUCGGAAACAUGCCGGUCAUUGUUGUCAACUCGGCGGCCUCGGCCAAGGAGAUCUUUACUGGCAGCGCUGCGGCACUCUCCUCGCGGCCCAUCUUCCACACGUUUCAUCAAUUCAUUGCUGGCACUUUGGGGCCGACCAUUGGCACUGCGGUCUACGGUGAUGCAUUGAAGCGAGGUCGGAAAGCCACGGCAGCGGAGCUCAGCAAGCCGGCUGUCAAGGCCAAUCUGGACAAGAUUGAUCUUGAAACAAGACAUUUUGUACAUGAGCUCCUGAGCUACGGCAGCGAAGGCUUGACCCCGCUUCAUGUGUCCAAGCUUGUGAAAAGACUGGCCUUGAGCCUCUCCAUGUCCAUUUGCUACGGCCGACGGAUGUAUCUUGGCGAUCCAUUGACGCAGGAAAUCAUCGAGGUGGAGCAUGAAAUUCUGAAACUACGAAGCAUGACGGACAAUUUACAAGAUUUUGUUCCUAUGCUGCGCGUGUGGCCCUUUAACCGCUACCGCGGGGCGGCUGUCAAGCUCUGCGAGCGGCGCGACGCCUACGUCAGACAGCUGAAUGAGGAAGUCAAGAACAAGAUGCGCAACAAUACGAAUGAGCAGUGUCUGUGGGCCAAGAAUGAGGCCUCUGCACACCCUCUUCCUUUGAGCGAGCUCUCGACGGUUCUUCUCACAUUUCUUUCGGGCGGUUUGGCGACGGAGAGCAACACCAUUUACUGGGGCCUAAUUCUUUUGGCCACCAGACCAGAUAUCCAGGAAACUGCCCUACACCACAUCCAGAAGGCGUACCCAGAUGUUGGCCAAGCUUUCGGAUCCGGUCUGCGGGAUACCGAGGACGUACCCUAUAUCAGCGCUUUGGUGCGCGAGAUUCUCAGGUUUUACACUCCGUCGCGGUUGGCGUUGCCUCGUUUGGCAGUCCAGCCCAUUGUGUAUCAAGGCAAGGUUAUACCCGAGGGGAGCACAGUCGUCAUCAACACAUUUGCAUGCAACAGAGACCCCAACUUAUUCCGCGAUCCUGAUACGUUUCGGCCCGAGCGCUGGUUUGAAGACCCCGAUCAGCCCAUCUUUAGUUACGGCCUUGGCUAUCGAAUGUGUGCGGGGUACACGCUAGCGAACCAUGUCAUGUACACGCUCUUUACUCGUCUGAUUGCAUCGUUUGAGAUUUGCGCCGGGCCUGGCAUCGACGCGGACCCAAUCACGGGAUGCGAGGACCCUGCUCACCAAGCCAUGGCCCCUCGGCCGACGGGGCUGUAUUUCAAGCCCCGGGACGCAACGUUGCUGAAAGGUGCUCUGUUGCGCGACCUCUAUCAUCAGGUAUAG